GGUCUGUACAUCGUCAUGAGCACACCGGAGGAGCAUUGUAGACGUUACUUCAGGGACCUCUGUAAGGUAUCUCAACGCUGUCGCUCUAACAAGCCCACGAAAGAGCGCGGAGAUUUUGCCGAGGGAUGCUGGAGACCUUUGGUGUAUGGAGACAUGUUACCCAUAGGUUUAUCCAACACACAGACCAUUGUUUACUUCAUAUGUCAGGCCUGGUGGAAAACAAGAGCAACAUGCUGUGGUUCUUCCGCCGACCAAAGAAGGGCAUGCUGACCUUGGCCGACCUUGACCGUUGCCAUGACGACCAGAGCUGUGACGUAGGCCUCAGGCAGAUCUUGCCACAAGACUACAGGGAGCCCGGAGACAGCCAGUACACGCCCACUCACCUCAUAUGGCCAGAGCUGAUGCCCCCAAGCCCCGCCCCCCGCCUCUCAACGUUCACGAUGACCAACAUGGCUCCCCUCAUCUCAACUCUUUUUAGCGAGUGGCAUGAAGCCGUGAGGAAAGUUCGUCGUUUCGCCAUCGAGGAGUGUGGCGUUCCUCUUGUCUUAGACUCGAACCUGAAACAUCUCAGUGAGCUCACCAGUCACAGACUGAACAAGUCCGCCAUGUUUGUGGCGUCAG